CCGUUGAGAGUCGAGUAAUGGACGAAUCCUGAUUCCGUUUCCACCAGAAUUAGAAACAAUAGAAACCAACCAGAGACUGAUUUGCCUAAGAGAAAAUCUCAGAUUGAGAGAAGAGAGAGACUGAGAGAGUGUGUGUGUGCGCGAAAGAGUGAGACCGCCGUGCGCGAGGACGAAGAUGCUCCGGAAAUGUGGAGGGAGAUCGGAGACAGAGAAGAGGGCAAAACUCGCCCAAAUCGGUUCGCGAAUCGCAUUAAGUGGAACCGCGUUGAGAAGCUCAAAUUAUCCAAUCACAAAGAUAUCGUCUCAGCUCAUAGAGGUUCUAUCAAUUCUCUUCAGGUCGAUUUGACUGAGGGCCGAUACUUGUUGUCGGGUUCUUCGGAUGCUUCAAUUGCCGUUUACGAUAUCCAACGUGCUACCGAGUUUGAAGGAGGUGGAGUUAUAGCGAAGCAUAAGUGUUUAUUCGUGGUUGACAAGAGCCAUGAAAAUGGUCACAAGUAUGCUGUUUCCUCGGCCAUAUGGUAUCCUGUGGACACAGGGUUGUUCAUCACUGGUUCUUUCGACCAUCAUAUUAACGUUUGGGAUACAAACACCACGCAAGUAGUCAAUACUUUUAAGAUGCCUGGAAAGGUUUAUAGGACUGCCAUGUCUUCUUUAUCAACAUCCCACAUGUUGAUUGCUGCUGGAACUGAAGAUGUUCAAGUUCGUCUUUGUGAUAUUGCUUCAGGGGCAUUUGCUCAUACACUUUCCGGUCACCGUGAUGGUGUGAUGACGGUGGAAUGGUCUACUUCAAGUGAGUGGGUUUUGGUUACCGGGGGGUGUGAUGGUGCAAUACGGUUUUGGGACAUUAGACGUGCAGGAUGUUUUCUUGUUUUAGAUCAGUCCCAGUCUCAGCUUGGGAGACGCCCACCCAUAUUGGAACGUUCUGCUGCUAAUAAGGUUUCUACAUCAAAGUCCACCAUAGUUCCAAGUUCAUCAGUAAAAAGCCGAGCAGCACAAAAGAAAGCUGCCAACGGUAAUAGUAUGAAGCUGUCACCUAUUAAUAAAAUUUCUGCGAAAGGACCAUUAAGGCAGAGAUUACAUCCUGGAAUGUUGUCGACUCAGGAUCGUGCCACUGCUCAUUACGGUGCUGUAACUGGAUUAAAAGUUACUGAAGAUGGCAUGUAUCUUCUGAGCGCAGGUUCUGAUUCAAGAUUAAGGUUGUGGGACGUUGAAUCUGGCCGUAAUACACUAGUGAACUUUGAAACUGUACGCCUGCAAACCAGCAAGCCAAUACAGUUAGCUACAAGUCAGAAUCCAUCCCUUGUUUUUGUUCCAUGCAUGAAAAUUGUGAAGGCAUUUGAUAUGUGGUCAGGUACGACAUCCCUGACGUUUUGUGGUCACUAUGAAUCCGUAAACUGUUGCUGGUUCAGUUCUCAGGAUCAGGAGUUGUUUACAGGUGGCAAUGAUAGGCAAAUUCUUGUCUGGUCACCGUCUAGAUUGCUUCCUGAUGAAAUGGAUGAAGGACCUGUUGAGGACCAGGAUAAUUGGAGUGACUGACAUUGCUUGCUCUGUUGUUGCCUCUUUCACCAAAACAAAGCUCUUUGACAGUCAGACAACUUCAAACAUCAUGCGUUCCAGUCAAAGUGCCGUCAGUGAAAUUUUUCUUUAGCAUGUGGAAAUAAACACGUUCCAUUCAAAGUUUUCCCCCUUUGCUGGAUUUUACGUAAAUAUAUAAUUAUAUACCCAUUCUUUCUAUAAUAUUCCAUGUUCUUUUUUUUUUUUUUUGCCACAAGUCAUCGUAGUUCCCGGAUUAAUACUCUAUGUUUUGUAAAACUUAACACUUAUAAUAUAGAAGUUUGAUUGUGCA